AUGCAUUUCCGCCUUGUUGCUCAAGCACUAAUCCGUAUGGGCCAAAGGUUAUCUAAGGCCGUAUUUGCCGGUCGCUUAAGGGCGCGGAUUCGUCGUCGCAAGUCCAAGCGACUUGGGGUCGUCCAUAAUCCUGUCUUCCCCGUGUCGCAAACCUGUGUCAACGCCAAAAUGGCAGGACGACAGAAUCCCAUCAUAAUAGAUGAUGAUAUAGACGACGAUAUAGACAGCCAAGAUGGGCUGCAAGACGUGAUGGAGAUUGCUGACCAUCCCCUUGAGUAUCUCCAAGAUUACGAAGAUAUUGGAGACUUCGAAAAUCUCGUAGAUCAUCCUGAGCACUUUGAAGCAUCGUUAGCAGCCCAGAACACCUGCAAAGACCAUGUCAAAUCUGUGUUCCCUGAUAUUUGUCCAACCUAUCUGGACCAGAUUGUCGCUGAAAAUAAAUACGAUUCGGAUUUUACCAUUGGCGCUAUUCUUGAUCGACAGGAGAAGGGCGAAAAAUAUCCGGUUCGGUCCCGUGAUCUGAAGCGCAAGCGAGCGGAGGACGACAAUAGCGAUGUUGAGGACGGGCCUGACGAUGAGGACGAAGAAGCUAGAAAGGCCGAAAAUGCUGUCAUAACAGCGACCAGAAAGAAGCUGGAGCAAGUUGACUACCGUGUAACUACGGUUAAGAAGUCAUGCUAUACAGACAUGGCAAAGAACUUUUUAGCUUCUGAGUAUGUCGAAAUUUACUUUUUCCCAAAAGUCCCGAUACCAGUGAUCAAGAACCUGUUGCGCGCCAAUGGAGGAUCUAUCUUCGAGACGUAUACGAAGAUGGAUGAGGCCAUCCGCAACUGGGAUAACGCAAGACCUCCUUGGACGGAAAAGCGGCGAGCGUCAAGAACGAUAGUAUCGUUCUUACCAGUUCGUAUUGAGAAUCUUGACAUGAGCGAGUACAACGACGACCAGAAAGCAGCAAUCGACGAAUUACGCGCCGCCAGGGAUUUGAAAACCAUCAAGGACGCAGAAGUUGCUCGCAAGGCAGAAGAGGAGAAAAACUUUGCCCAUGCGAAGUCGAUCGGCGAGGUAGUUGAGUGCGGCUGCUGUUUCGACGAGUUCCCUCUCAACCGAAUGAUCCAUUGCGAUGGCGAGGACGUUCAUUGGUUUUGUCGGAAUUGCAUGAGAUCGCAGGUGGAGACAAACAUUGGCCUGUCUAAAUACGAAAUAUCGUGUAUGUCUAUGGACGGAUGCGAGGCCGGUUUCUCCAUAGACCAGAAAAAGCGAUUUCUUAAUAAGAAGCUCCGUGUGGCCUUGGAGCGGCUUGAGCAGGAGGCCGUGUUACGUAUGGCAGGCAUCGAGAACCUCGAGACGUGCCCAUUCUGCCCAUAUGCAGCAGAAUACCCCCCUGUUGAGAUUGACAAGGAGUUUACCUGCGUCAACCCGGGUUGUGAAAAGGUCAGUUGUCGCCUGUGCCGUAAAGAGACACAUAUACCAAAGACUUGUGCCGAGGCCGCUGUUGACCACGGUCUCGACGCUCGACACGUUCUUGAGGAGGCGAUGAGCGCGGCAUUAAUCCGGCGUUGCAAUAAAUGCCAAAAUCCUUAUUUGAAGUUGAACGGCUGCAAUAAGAUUUCUUGUACCAAAUGCCAUACAUUGCAGUGUUAUGUUUGUCGCCAGACUAUCACCGACUACAGACAUUUCGAUGAUUCUUCAAGAGGCGGAAAAAAUGGCCAGUGUCCGCUGUUCGAUAAGACCGAGGAGCGUCACCAACAAGAGGUACAGCAAGCGGAAGAGACAGCUCGCCAGAAAAUGUUAAAAGACAACACUAAUAUCACCGAGGACGCGUUAAAGAUCAACAUCUCAGAACAAGUCCUGCGGGACGAUCAAAAGCGUAGAAAGGGUAAUUUGGCACAGGGCGCUCCUGGCAUUCCUGCGGAUAUUCUUGAUAAUAUGAACAAUCGCAUCGAUCGCCUCCAUCGUCUUGCGCGGGAGCGUCAUGCGGCCCAUCCCUUCAUCAACCCUCCGGCUCAACCUGCUGCCGUGGCUGGCGGUCCCCAGGUCGUUGGUCAAGAUGUUCUACCACGCAUGGCGGCACAGUUGGGAAAUGUGGAUGGUGGGGACCCACCCUUGAUACCCCCAAUGCCCCCGAUACAACUACCAGAGCAGUUUCGAGCACUGUAUCGUGAAGAGUUUCAACGGCGGCUGGUGGCGCUUAGAGCCGGAGUGCCACCUCCAGUGCAGCCUCUUCACGACAUAGCACCAGUCGGCAGACUCGUCCCUCCAGGCGCUCCUCCGGUUCCCCAGCCAGGCGCACCGCAGCUCCCUGCGUUGGCUCCCGAAUAUCAACCAAUACAUCAACCAGUGCCUCAAGUACUGCAGCAACGCAUGUUCAACGGGCUGCCCCAAGAGCCGCCUGCAGAGUAUCCCGCUCUCUACAGACCAAUGAAUGAAUAUCAGAACAUACGGAAUCCAAAUGGAUUCAACUUUCGUCGUUUCGGAUAG